UAUUCAAAGCGAGUCUUUAAUGUGCGCGUACGAGGGAAGCGCCUGAGCUAGUCGGAUCGCCAGACGGAACCCCCCCCCCCCCCAGCCCCCUCCACGGCGAUUUCAGGCUUCGCUACGCUGUCCUUCUCGGGUGCAUUUUACCCCCUUUAACUUCGUGUUUUGCCUGCUUUCAACAUGACAGAAGAGGAGAAGGUUCGGCAUGUAAAGCUGGUUACUGACCAGCUUCUGUGGGAUUUGAUGUCGUCUCUAGAUCGGCUCGACUGAAGAUGGAAACACUGGAGUCGGAGCUGACCUGCCCGAUCUGCCUGGAACUGUUUGAAGACCCCCUGCUUCUUCCCUGCGCCCACAGCCUGUGCUUCAACUGUGCCCACCGCAUCCUGGUGUCCCACUGCUCCAGCAACGAGCCCGUCGAGUCCAUCUCCGCCUUCCAGUGCCCCACGUGUCGCUACGUCAUUACUCUGAACCAUCGCGGCCUGGAGGGCCUCAAGCGCAAUGUGACACUGCAGAACAUCAUUGACCGCUUCCAGAAGGCCUCCGUGAGCGGCCCCAAUUCCCCCAGCGAGAGCCGGAGGCUUCGGCCGUACGGCACUGCCGCUCGUGGUAGUCCGGCCAGCGCCAUGUCCCUGGAGCGAGUCGGCUGCCAGUUCUGCGAGCAGGACCCGCCCCGCGAGGCGGUCAAAACCUGCGUGACAUGCGAGGUGUCCUACUGCGACCGCUGCCUGCGCGCCACGCACCCCAACAAGAAGCCGUUCACCAGCCAUCGGCUGGUGGAGCCCGUGCCCGACGCGCACCUCCGCGGUCUCACCUGCCUGGAGCAUGAGAACGAAAAGGUCAACAUGUACUGUGUGGUGGACGACCAGCUCAUCUGUGCCCUCUGUAAGCUGGUGGGCCGCCACCGAGACCACCAGGUGUCCUCCCUGAGCGAGCGCUUCGACAAGCUCAAGGCUUUUCAAGUGAGCCCUGGCAGACUAUCUGAAGCGGUUAUCAUGGAGGCAUCAAAGACGAGCGCUGCGCAAACUCUAGAGAACAACCUGACCAACCUGGUGAAGAGGAACAGUGAGCUGGAGAACCAGAUGGCCAAGCUCAUCCAGAUCUGCCAACAGGUGGAGGUAAAUACUGCCAUGCACGAAGCCAAGCUGGUGGAGGAGUGUGACGAGCUGGUGGAGAUCAUCCGGCAGAGGAAGCAGGUCAUCGCCGUCAAGAUAAAGGAGUCCAAGGUGAUGAAACUGCGCAAGCUGGCGCAGCAGAUCGCCAACUGCCGGCAGUGCCUGGAGCGCUCCAGCGUCCUGAUCACGCAGGCCGAGCACAGCCUGAAGGAGAACGACCACGCCCGCUUCCUGCAGACCGCCAGGAGCGUCGCCGAGAGGGUCGCGAUGGCAACGGCAUCUUCCCAGGUCUUGAUCCCAGACGUCAACCUCAAUGACGCCUUCGACACUUUUGCUCUGGAUUUCUCCAGGGAGAAGAAGAUUCUGGAAGGCCUGGAUUACUUAACAGCUCCGAACCCUCCUGCCAUACGGGACGAGCUCUGCACAGCCUCUCACGACACCAUCACUGUCCACUGGUCUUCCGAGGAUGAGUUCAGCGUCAUCUCCUACGAGCUGCAAUACACCAUCUACACGGGCCAGGCCAACUUUAUCAGUCUGUAUAACUCAGUGGACAGCUGGAUGAUCGUGCCCAACAUCAAGCAGAAUCACUACACGGUGCACGGCCUGCAGAGCGGAACCCGCUACGUCUUCUUCGUCAAGGCCAUCAACCAGGCGGGCAGCCGCAACAGCGAGCCGGCGCGGCUCAAGACCAACAGUCAGCCCUUCAAGCUGGAUCCAAAGACGGCCCACAAGAAGCUGCGGCUCUCCAACGACUGCUUGACGAUGGAGAAGGACGAGAGCUCCCUGAAGAAGAGUCACACGCCCGAGCGCUUCAGCGGCACCGGCUCCUACGGCGCCGCCGGCAACGUCUUCAUUGACAGCGGCUGCCACUACUGGGAGGUGCUGGUGGGGGCGUCCAGCUGGUAUGCAGUGGGUGUGGCCUACAAGUCAGCCCCGAAGAACGAGUGGAGCGGAAAGAACUCCUCGUCGUGGGUGUUUUCGCGGUGCAACAACAACUUCAUGGUGCGUCACAACAGUAAGGAGAUGUUGGUGGAGGCCAGCCUGCAGCUGCGCCGUCUGGGUGUCCUGCUGGACUAUGACAACAACGCACUGUCCUUCUACGACGCCAUGAACUCGCAGCACCUGCACACCUUUGACGUUUCCUUCUUGCUCCCUGUGGUGCCCACCUUCAUGAUUUGGAACAAGUCCCUGAUGAUCCUGUCCGGCCUGCCCGUACCGGACUUUGUGGACUGUCCCGAACAGCAGGAGGGCGUGUGUCGGCCUCAGGAGUCACCCUACGUAUCUGGCCUGAAGGGCUGUCACUGAGAGACCCCUCCUUCGCCCACCCCCCCCCCACCCCCCAACCCAAUGGCUCCACAUCCAUUGCAUUUCAUUGUCCUUCUCCACCUUUACUUCCCCGGGACUUUACUUAAGUUUAAGGAGACCUGUUGCUUCUAAAAGCUCAGAUUACAGAUAACGAUAAUGACUACUAAGUCUUGUAAAAUAAGGAAUUACUGAUCAUUUUAAAGACAAAAAAUGUAUAUUUAUGAGUAAUAAGUCUGUUUGAUUUGUCAAUUUUAAUGUAUUUAUAAUGCACUUUUCAGAAAUCUUUCAUUUCCCCAUCAUUUAAAAAGGCAAAAACACUGGGAAUGGGUUGAAUUUGCCAAGCAUAGCAGUAUCUGGAGGACUUUCCUUACACAGAGAAGGUAUAUGAUGUUACUGCUACUUUUUUAAACUUUUUUAAUUUGGAAUUUAGACAUCAAUGCAUGUUUUUGUUUAUUUUCUAUUCCUGCCCUUAGUUCCGUAUGUUAAUGAAAACUAUGAUGGCACCAUAAACACAAGCAUGAUCUGCUACAACUGCUGCCAAUCAACUGCAGUAUGUUCAUUAUGCUGAUUUAAUUUACUCAAAAACCAGCGCUCCCAUUUGGUUUAGACAUUGCCGUACACCAGUCACUUUUUCCCAGUGGGGUGUGAGCUGCCACUCAGUGGCCAUCCCCAGUACGGCAUAAUCACUGUUUGUCCUUCACUGGAACCUGCUAAUUAGCUGGGCAGCCCUUCAAAACAGGCUCUCAGUUGUCGCAUCAAUCCUCAUGCCUCUCCACUCGAUCUGAAACGGUCUGUCUUCCAUAUGAGCCAUUCUGCAAUCCCUAUCCCCCUUCUUUUCCGCAAAUAAGAGAGACACUGAAUGCAUCUGUGACCUCCACAGCAAUAUUAUGUCUUCAGUCCAUGUCGGGAUCAUCUCCAUCAGGCCAUCUCUGUCUUUCCAUUUAUAUAUCGGUGAUAUUUUAGUCUCAGCUUUUUGUGAGACGCGUUUACUACACAAUAAUCAGACAAUCAAAUUCAGUAUGAGAGUAAACACAAGGUAUGUGUUAUGUAUAGUUAGAAAAAAAUACACGGUCGCAGCUGUUUGGUUGCACGUCAUUCCUCGAUGUAUUUUACCAGGGCUGGAAAAUAUCAUUGCCAGUGAGUCUGGGAGGUCAGGCUCAUGUCGGUGAUAUUUUCUCCUAUCGGCAGGUUUAACCUUUUUUCAUGCAGGAUGUACACGUCAUGUUCUGCCGGCGUGUGCCCUACCCCUGCACUUCAAUGAAUAAGCAUGGAAGGGCUAUGGGCCACUCUCUGCCCUCCGGUACCGCUCACCGACACCCCCUUUGGAGAGCGGGGCGGGCUGGAGGUGCAGCGGAUUACCGAGUCGGAAUCGGCCAAGAGCGUCGGAGUACGAUGCGCCCGUGUAGCUGGCUAGCGCGUAGCGUGUCAGACAGCAUCGCUGUCAUGGAUACAUGCAGCAGGCAAGAGGACCAUAAAAUAAUGGCCAAGGAGAACAGGAUCCUUUACACAUUAUGUCUAUGGUUUCUGGCGUUUCGGAAGAUGAUGCAUAUGUAGAAAAAAAACGAAAAAGUAAAAAAAAAAAAACUUGCAUAACUGCUAAUUUCUGAUUUGUCCCAGUACACUGUACUGGUUACUGCAUGACAGUUUGAUUCAAAACCAAGUGCAUAUUGUACAUUUCAUAACGUUUUAUACUAACAUUCAAAAUUAUUAAAACUUUUGAGUUCGUACAUAUCAGAUUUCUACACUUUGUCGUGCUUUAUUUUGUGUUACAGGCAAAAGAGCAUUCAGAUGCAAUUUAAAACUAUAGUAAACUGUUAGUCAUGGAAGUUCUAGUAAUUAUGCAUUUGUUUGUGUUUCCUGAUCCUCCCGAAAAAAAGGCUGUUGAAACCAAUGCUCUCCUCUCCUGUUGCGUUUCAAUCUCUAUUAUGACAUAUUCAAAUUAGCUGUGUGUAAAUGACUCUCUGCUUUCAUAGUUGUGUGAAUUUUAGCCAUAAAAAAGAAUGUAAAUCAAAGGGGGAAUUAUAUAAAAUGGUAUAAUAUAUGAACUAAUGUUAUUUAUGUGAACUUGAGUCAAAUUAAAACUCUGAUCCCAAAUCAA